CCUUUUUUUCUUCUUUUGUAGAGAGAGAGAGAGAAACAGAGAUCCCAAAAAAAUGCUGUUUGAGAAAAUAUAGGAUGCCGAAAAAUUUGAUCACAGUUUGUAAUAGAUAGUGAAGAAGAUAUUUUGUUUUUUAUCUGUGGUGUCUUCUCUUCUGUGUUGGGUUUCCGACAAUAAUAGAAUACAAUGGCGAAAUCGAACACAAACACGCUGCCAUUGAAACCCGUAUGGGUUUUACCGUACCGCACACAAAUCAUAACUGAGUUGUACGCGCUGGGUAGAAAACUCGGUCAGGGUCAAUUCGGAACGACGUACCUCUGCACGCACAAGUCCACGGGUCGCAGGUACGCGUGCAAGUCGAUCCCGAAGAGGAAGCUGUUAUGCAAGGAGGAUUACGAGGAUGUGUGGAGGGAGAUUCAGAUAAUGCACCACUUGUCGGAGCAUCCGCACGUGGUUCGAAUCGACGGCACGUACGAGGACGCGCUGGCCGUGCAUCUGGUGAUGGAGCUGUGUGAAGGUGGAGAACUGUUCGACAGGAUCGUGCAGAAGGGGCAUUACAGUGAGAGACAAGCUGCGAAGUUGAUAAAGACAAUUGUUGAGGUUGUUGAGUCUUGUCACUCUCUUGGUGUCAUGCAUAGGGACCUCAAACCUGAGAACUUCCUUUUUGAUACCGUUGAUGAGGAUGCUAAGCUUAAAGCCACCGAUUUUGGUUUGUCGGUUUUUUACAAGCCUGGUGAAUCCUUUUGUGAUGUUGUUGGGAGCCCAUACUAUGUCGCACCAGAAGUCUUGCGCAAGCACUACGGACCUGAAUCAGAUGUGUGGAGUGCCGGGGUUAUUCUGUACAUCUUAUUAAGUGGGGUGCCACCAUUUUGGGCAGAAACCGAGCCGGGGAUCUUCCGACAGAUUUUACUAGGAAAACUUGAUUUUCAGUCUGAGCCUUGGCCUAGCAUUUCAGACAGCGCCAAGGAUCUAAUUCGGAAAAUGCUUGAUCAAAAUCCAAAAUCAAGGCUUACAGCAUAUGAAGUACUCCGCCACCCAUGGAUUGUUGAUGACAACAUUGCACCUGAUAAACCUCUUGAUUCUGCGGUUUUAUCACGUUUGAAGCAGUUCUCUGCAAUGAAUAAACUGAAAAAGAUGGCUUUGCGUGUUAUUGCUGAGAGGCUAUCUGAGGAAGAAAUUGGUGGCCUAAAAGAGUUAUUCAAGAUGAUUGACACAGACAACAGUGGAACCAUAACGUUUGACGAGUUAAAAGAUGGCUUGAAGCGAGUAGGAUCUGAACUUAUGGAGUCUGAAAUCAAGGAUCUUAUGGAUGCCGCGGAUAUUGAUAAAAGUGGGACAAUUGACUAUGGUGAAUUCAUUGCUGCUACUGUUCAUUUAAAUAAACUGGAGAGAGAGGAAAACCUGGUGUCAGCCUUCUCCUAUUUUGACAAAGAUGGUAGUGGUUACAUAACCAUUGAUGAGAUUCAACAAGCUUGUAAGGACUUUGGUUUAGAGGAUGUCCAUAUUGAUGAAAUGAUCAAGGAAAUUGAUCAGGAUAACGAUGGACAAAUAGAUUAUGGGGAAUUUGCUGCCAUGAUGAGAAAGGGCAAUGGAGGGAUAGGAAGGCGAACUAUGAGAAAAACACUCAAUUUAAGAGAUGCUCUGGGAUUAGUAGGCAAUGGAUCCAAUCAAGUUAUUGAUGGUUACCACCUUUAGUAUUUACUUGGAGACCAAAAAAUUGACAGAAGAUAAUUUGAUAAAUUUCAAUAUUAUAUGUAACUUGACCAAAUUUUGCAUAUCUAUUAAUAGACCUAUAUUUACAAAAGUUUUUCAACUUG